AUGGAGAAGUUAGUUCUAGCGCUGGUACAUGCAUCUAGAUGGCUACGCCGAUACUUUGCAGAUCAUGUCAUCACCGUCUUAACCAACUACAGGAUCGGGCAAAUCCUAUCUAAACCCGAAAUCUCUGGAAGACUUGCCAAGUGGGCUAUUGAACUUGGUGGACACACCCUUGUUUAUAAGCCGCGCCCAGCAAUCAAAGUGCAAGUUUUAGCUGACUUCUCCGCGCAAGUACCGGCAAAUCGCAUCCAAGAAUGCGAAGAAGAACAAAACCCUACACCUCCGCCGUCCCCCUCAGACAUCUGGGCACUAUACAUUAAUGGUGCGUUCAACGAGGACAUAGCGGGUGCAGGUCUGCGACUCAUCAGCCCUGGCAGCCAAGAACUCACUUACGCCAUAUGCCUCGACUUCAAAAGUACAAACAACGAGGCUGAAUAUGAGGCAUUGCUCGCAGGGAUACGUUUGGUAGUCAAACUCGACGUGCAACAUCUGGAAGCUCACGUCGAUUCAUUACUAGUUGCGGGGCAGGUACGCGGAGACUACGCCGCGAAAGGGGACAUCAUGAUCCUCUAUCUCGAACUAGCCAAGCAACUAACAUCACAGUUCACCUCCUUCAAGAUUCUACAUAUCAACAUGAGUGAAAACAAACCAGUGGAUGCACUUUCUAAACUGGCAUCAACUAGCUUCCAACACCUGGCAAAGGAUAUACGUAUUGAAGUCCUCAAAAACCCUUCAGUACCCUUCCGCCAGGUCAACGUCAUCCAGUAUGGAACAACGUCUUGGAUGACACCAAUCAUAAGAUACCUACAAUCAGGCAUCGUCCCAGAGAACAAAACAGAGGCACGCAAACUGCAAUACAAGGCGUGUCACUAUCAAAUGGGGGACGGUAUCUUAUACCGCAAGUCAUACCUGGGGCCACUCCUGCGAUGCGUCGAUCCUCAAGACGCCACAUAUCUAGUCCGAGAAAUACAUGAAGGAAUAUGUGGAAUACAUGCAGGCCUGCACAUGGUAGUGGCCAAAAUCAUGAAUGCUGGGUAUUACUGGCCUGGCAUGCACCUGCAUGCUGUUGAGAUCAUGCGCAAGUGUUUCAACUGUCAACUACAUGCACCAAAAACAUUGUGCCCAAAGAACAACCUGAUCCCCGUCACCACCGCGUGGCCCUUCAAGAAAUGGGCAAUAGACGUUGUGGUACCUUUUCUAGAUGCACCAGUGAUCCCAGCCGAAAUUGGUCUCCGUUCACCAAGAAUGCUGGCUGUUAACAAAAUUGACAAUAGCGACGAGCGCAGGCUUGACUUAGACCUCCUGGAAGAAAGCCAUGAAAACGAAGCAAUCAACGAGGCUAAGUACAAAACAAAGCUAGAAGAAUAUCACAACGCGCGCGUCCGUAUUUGCACAUUCAAUGUGGGAGCCGACGUUCUUCGCAAUAAUGAAGCUUCUAACGCAGAGCGCCCAGGGAAACUUGCCCCUAAAUGGGAAGGUCCCUACCUCAUCCAAGAGGUCUUGGGCAAAGGCGUAUACAAAUUGCAGACGUUAGAAGGAGACCCUAUCGCAAGGACCUGGAACACACAGUAG